GAAUCAGUGGCCAUAGAGACGGCUGUGUCUCCCUGGAAACCAUGAGCGCCGGGACGGGAGGCGCGGGUCUGGCGGGCGCCGCUCGGCUCCCGUGGGACAAGGUGUGCGAGAAGGUGAAGAAGGCGUUGGUGUUCGUGGACUCGGCGUGUGCCGAGAGCCUGCACUGGGUGGGCGGGCUGAGCCGGCUGCUGCAGGCCGGGGCUGUCAACGUCAAGGAGUUCAGCAGCUUCGAGGCGGGAGCGUCCGACCAGCCCAAGGCGGUGCUGGUGGUGAGCAGCCUGCUGAAGGGGAGGACAGCAGACGUGAUCCGCGACAUCGUCAGCCUCAGCUCCUUCCGCUACUGCGUGGUGGUCACCGCCGUCAGCCACUCCGCCCAUCUGUUCGCCAACGGCGUGAGCACCGACCUGGAGCAGGAGCCGGUGUUCGAGCAGUUCGGGGAGCUGCUGUGCCAGUGGAUGGGCAACAUGAACUACACGGCCGAGGUCAUGCACCUGCCCGUCCUCCUCGCCCCCCUCGCUCCACACUUGCUCCUCACGCCGGCCUUCUCCUCCCUCUUCUCAUUUGUGCCUCAUGAUCUCAUUGGGAUCAACCGCACCAGACACGACAAGAAGAGGUUUGGGAGUCUGAACGACGUUGACUAUCAGGCUUUGCCAUUUCAACUUCAAGUACAAAUCCGGUCCCUGGUUUCCUCCUUGAAUUCCAUGUUCGAACUCGCACAGCUCAAGGAAGAGUGCUUCGCUGUUGGGCCCAGUAGCAGAAUUAUUGCAGGAGAACUUGCCAAUUACCCACAAGCAAAGCACCGAAGAAAAAACGCACAGAAUAAAGCGUCCAUCGUUUUUAUAGAUCGAGCACUUGACAUGACAGGUUCUGUUGCUCACCAUGGUGAUAGUCUGGUUGAGAAGAUCCUCAGCAUACUGCCCAGAUUCCCAGGACAUACCAAUGAUGUGAGAAUUAAUAUGGUGGCACUAACAUCUGUCCAAAAUAAUGAGGAUACCCAGAAUAUUAUUGCUUCAGGCUGCUUAUCCCAAACAAAUGACCCUUCAGCCAAAGCCAUGUGGGAGUCCAUGCUGAACAUGAAGCAAAAGGAGGCUGUGAUGGAAGUGCGGAGGCACCUCGUGGAGGCAGCGAGCAAGGAGAACCUCCCUAUUAAAUUGAGCUUGGGUAGAGUCACACCUGAACAGCUUAGCUCAUACGCCCAAUUAUUUAAGAGCAACAUGAAAGCCUUAGAGAACCACUGUGGGCUCUUGCAGCUUACAAUGGCCACAGUACAGACUUUACAAGAUGCAAAGUACUCCAAGUGGGAUGAUUUCCUUGCUUUUGAAAGGCUAUUGUUACAGACCCUUGGGGAUCGCGACUUGCCUCGAGUUUUGAGCCAGCUACUGCCUAAAAUCAAAUCCCAUGGAGAUAGAAGUGAUGUUGACUACAGCCCUGAAGAUAUACUGGUUCUGUUGGUUUACAUCUACUCUGUAAUUGGAGAGCUCAAGUCCAACAGCAUGCUGGAUAAAGUAGAGAGCGAGGUGAAGAAGGCCUUGGUGCAGGCUAUGAACGAUGAACCAAGUUUAUCUCAACUGCUUCAAGAAAUAAUAGGUUGCUCCUCAUCACCUGAAUUAACCUUCAACACAGCCACUACUGCUGUAGAUUUGGUGUUUGAAAACCUGCGGGGGAUCUCCAGAGCACGGUCACAUAUGAAACAGUUCAGGGUUUUAUACAACCCUGGAGAUGACACCCACCAGGCCACAUACAAGCCUCUGCUGAGGCAGGUCUUAGAGGAGAUAUUGCAUCCAGAUCGACCUGAAGCUGUGGAUAUCGAGUAUAUGUCCGGUGGCCUUACAGAACUGCUCAAAACUGGAUUCAGCAUGUUUAUGAAGGUGAGCCGUCCACACCCCAGUGACCACCCUCUACUAAUCCUGUUUGUGGUGGGUGGGGUCACAGCCUCAGAGGUUCGAAUGAUAAAGGAGUUGGUCUCAUUGCACAAGCCCAGUUGCCAGGUAAUUGUGAUGUCCACCAGGCUUCUCCAACCACUCGAUGUGGUUCAGCUUCUCUUUGCAACUGAUCGACUCCAUCCUGAUAUUGGUGUAUAGCAAGGUUAUCACUGUGUGGAAAUGUGAAUUAACCAGCUGUAAGAUACCACCAGGAGUGUCUGAAUACCAAAACUCAAGAGAUGCGGCUAAAUGGCUGGCUGGGAAUGCAUUUAAUGAAGACCAUGACUGGGAUACUUUGCAAAAUGAGGUGCACUUAAUGUUAGAGUAUGUGCUAAAGCAUCAUUGUCCCCAAACCAUUGUUUCUAUAUCAUCCGUUGUGUCUCUUUAAUCUGGCCUUGGAGACUGGCACUCAAACAGUAAAAUUGCACUAAAAAGUUUUGAAGGCUUAAAAUACUGUUCAUCACAGAGAGAGAUGUUAUGCACAUUUAAUUUUAGAAAUAUACUAGACCUAAAGUCUUCCCAGCACCAAUUGAUUCUUUUUUAUUAAUCCUGCAAUAAUAACAUGAUGAAGUUUUGUGAACUACCUAAGACCUGCUGAUCAGAUAGUGCACUAAAAGUCACUCCUGUCCCAAAUCAACAUAAACCUUCCACCUACAUGUGAAGCAGGGUUAAAAAAAUCUCGGCUUUAUUCAGUUGAGGUAUAGUAGCUGACAACCUGCCUGUUAUUUGAAAUAAGAUUAGAGAUUUUCAGAAGGGUUUCUGAAGUUUAGACCAGGGAAAUGUGUUCUGUAAUAUAUGUUAAUUCCAUUUAUAGUAAUCAAAUUAGACUCAUCAACAAAAGAUUUAGGUUAUUUUAGAGACCAGGUGAAUUGGGUUAGACUGUGGUGAUUUCUGAUGUUUCUCGCAGAGAAUGGAAUGAAUAGUGCAAUUGAAGUGUUCAGAUGAUAAACUGAGAGGAAAGAGUAAGCAGAUUAUUAAAUUAACUGGAACUUUACUAAGUAAGAUUGUAGCUUUUUUAUGUGGGUUUGUAGUGAUUUCAGCAAAACCCUUUUGUAACAUUCCUUAAGAUUGCUCUUGAGCCUUCAAUUCAUGGUGCAGCUGGACAUUUCUUAAGACGCGCCAGGAAUGCUGACACCACAUGUGAUACUCCAGACACAAGUAUUGUCUUCACCACAUGAAACAAAGCUUUUUUUUUAAUUCCUCAGUUACAAUGAUUUCAGUCUCCAAUGUCAUCCAUUAAUUUAAGCCCUCUCAUUUUGUUCCCCUCUUUCUGAAUAAUUGUAAACACCACAAAGUAGUUAAGUGAUGUAGAUCAUGAUGCCUGGGUCAGAGCAAGGUCAGAAGAUGAAGUGAAAUAAUGCAACAUCAGAUUGGUGAACAGAACAAUCCAAAUCACCCUUUAAUUAUACAGAUUUAGGGAUGAAAAUUCCCCCCAAACCUUGGUAAAAUGGUUUGAUCUGAGGCCAGUUGAAGCCUCUGCAAGCCACCAUUUCGGUUGCAGCUAACUGCCAUUGCAUCCUUGCAAUCCCACUUCACAGAAGAGCAGCAAAACUGAGUUACAGUGGUGUUCUUCACUGUCCUACCUUGAUUAUUAAUAAUAAUUCUUGCAUUUCACCCACAAAAUAUACAAUC